GCAAAAAGGAAGCUCAGUUGUUGUUGAUGAGUUAAACAAGCGACAAUGUUUUUAAUAUUCGUAACAGUUAUUUUGGUACUGAUAAUUUUUUUGAUUAGGUACAAUUUGGGUUACUGGAAAAGAAAAGGUGUUCCUGGACCAAAACCAUGGCCUAUUAUCGGAAACAUCGGAUCGAAUUUAAUCGGGAAAAUGACGAUGGGGGAGGCGAUUGGAGAAAUUUACAGAAAAUAUGAAGGCUACCCAUUUGCAGGCCUGUUCAGAGCAACCAAACCAGUUCUCCUAUUGAGAGAUCCUGACUUGGUUCAUCGUGUAUUGGUGAAAGAUUUCAAAUCAUUUUCUAACAAUGAAAUGGUACUGGAUAAAAAUACCGACCCAAUAUUUGGACGAAAUCCGUUUAUUUUGAGAGGCCAAGAAUGGAAAGAUACUCGGUCGAUGCUUACGCCUGGUAUGACUAGUGGAAAAAUGAAAAAUAUUUAUCCAAUUUUAAAAGACAUCAGCAAAAACAUGGUUAAAUUCAUCGAAAACCAUCCUACAGCUACUACAGAAGGAAUUGAAACCAGGGCUCUAACCAAAAGAUUGACCUUGGACAAUGUCGCAAAAGCAGCUUUCGGAAUCGAUGGUAAAGCUUUUGAAAAAUACGACGACAUAUCGGAAUUUAACAAACUGGCCGAUCAGUUUUUCACUCCAGGAACUUGGUCCUCGUUUAUGCUGUUUUUGGGGCAAAUCUUUCCUGUUUUACUCAAAUAUAGACUUUUCAAAUUCGUGAGAGCAGAGGUUGAGCAGAAAUUAGCCGAAAUAGUUACCGAUGUUGUCAGAUAUCGCGAAAAAAACAAUAUUCAAGCGAAUGAUUAUCUUCAGUUCAUAAUGGAGCUGGCAAAGGAACGAAAUUUAGCUAAUAUUGAAAUCACCAGUCACGCUUCUACGUUAUUUAUCGACGGCUACGAAACCUCAUCAUUGGUACUAACCCAUUUGCUUCUGAGUCUUGCACAGAAUCCAGAAUAUCAAGAAAAAAUCAGGAAUGAUAUUAGGAAAUAUGAACAAGAGCAUAAUGGAGAGCUAACGUAUGAAGAUGUUCAUGAAAUGCCUUGGUUAAAUGCUUGUCUUUAUGAAUCUUUAAGGCUCAGACCAGUAGUAGACUUUCUUACCAAAGAAUGUACCGAACCGUUCGAAUACACUCCAACUAAUCCAGGUUUCAAGGAAAUUACAGUGAAACUUAGCCCUGGAGAUAUUGUGCUAACCCCAAUUGCGUAUUUUUCUAAGGACAAGAAAUAUUUCGAAAAUCCUGACAAGUUUAUGCCGGAACGGAUGUUGUCGAAGGAAUCGAUGGAUAAAUCGAUAUUUUUUCCUUUUGGUGAUGGUCCUAGAGGAUGUAUAGGUCAGCGACUAGGAAGAAUGAUGAUAAAACUGGCAGCUGCUUUCAUUUUGAAAAACUUCGAAUUGUCCGUCAGUCCCAAAUUGCAGGAGCCCAUCACCUACCUACCCUACCAUUUCAUGAACGAAAUUAAAGGAGGAACUUGGAUAAAAUAUAAAAAAAUUUGCAGUUAAACAACAAAAGUUACGAUGUGAGAAAUAUAAUAAUAUAAAAUGAAACAAAUAAAUUUAAUCCCAACAUUGCGUAGAUGGAA